UCCGUUCUUUCGCAUCAGUUGUGAACCCACACUCUUUCUUUCUACCUCUGUUGCUCGUUUCCGGGUUUCCUAGUCUCGACUUGACGUUUCUUCCUCGUGGUUAUGUGGUGGUGAUACAUAAAUAGACCUCAGCUCCACCCCGUCCUACAUACAUCAAUCGACAAUAUCACAGUCUUUACUACACAAACCCAUACCACACAUACCAUCCACAAACAUACUACCACCGCGGGCCGGCCAGUUCAACAACAAUCCAACCCCAUCGACAGACAUUCACCACCCAACUCAAUUGACCGACCCAUACAAUGGUCCAAUCUCCUACCUCCCCCAAGCACGAGGGCUUCCUCCCUCUUCACGGUCUCAGCCCCCAUCCCAGCACCCGGCAGCAGCAAUCCAGAAUGGACGAGCACGUAGUCAACAUCCCACUCACUCCGAUCCGCACCAACGCCAGCACUGGCGCUCGCCGAGCAGGGCAGACCAUGCCGGAUGUACAGCUCGAGGAGCCAAUUGCUGCCGCUGCUCCCGCGUUCCGUGGGCGGCGCCGGAUGCACACCGACGACAACUCUUUCACCGAGGAGGAGGGUGCCCUCACUACCAUGGGAAAAGUGUAUGGUAGGAUCUUACACUUCUCUAUUGUGACGAGGUAUAUGCUCUACAUUCUGCCGUUGAGUCUGUGCUUCCUCGUGCCGAUUCUGGUCGGCGUUUAUGCUGCUCCGAAGGCUUCUGUUGGCGGUGUUAGGAUGGUGUGGUUUUUCGUUUGGCUGGAGAUUGUCUGGUGCUCCCUCUGGGUGUCAAAGCUAUUCGCCAAGGCUCUUCCAAAGAUCUUCCAGACGCUCGUCGGAGUCAUCAGUUCCGGUGUCAAGAAAUACUCCCUCGUGCUGAAGGCACUGGAGCUUCCUCUCUCCUUCGUCGGUUGGGCGGUCGCCAGUCUGUGCUCCUUCCUCCCACUGAUGACCAAAGUCCGCAUCGAAAAGCCAUGGCAGACGGUGAUGAACAAAGUUCUCAUCUCCUGCCUGGUGUCCAGUCUCCUCUGGCUGGCCGAAAAACUCCUGAUCCAGAUCGUGUCCGUCGACUACCACCGCCGACAGUUCGCCCAGCGCAUCAAGACCAACAAGGAAAAGGUCAAGUUCCUGUCACAGCUGUACGAAGUCUCGAGGAACAUCUUUCCCGAAUACGGCGAGUUUGCCGAGGAGGACUACAUAAUCCGUGGUGCCUUGAGUAUUCCGGGGUAUAAGAAGUCGAGUGGUGCAGCAACGCCGAUGCGGAAUAUCCUUGGAGGCGUCAAUAUGGUCCAGGGUAAGGUCGCCAGCGUCUUUGGGAAUAUGGCGCAGGAAGUCACCGGCCAGAAGAAUGCGUUCAAUCCAGCUUCGGCGUAUGCUGUCACUGCUGGUGCUCUCCUCGGUAAGAAGUCUUCCGAGGCACUGGCAAGGCGCAUCUGGAUGUCGUUUGUUCCUGAGGAUCACUCGGCAAUGACACUGGCCGACCUGAAGGAAGUGAUGGGGCCAGAGCUUGAGAUCCAGGCGCAGGAGUGUUUUUACUCGCUGGACGGGGAUAACAAUGGAGACGUCUCUCUCGAAGAGAUGAUCCAGCACACGACUCAGCUCCGCACCGAGCGCCGACACGUUGCGAAGAGCAUGCAGGAUGUUGAUAAUGCAAUCAGUGCCUUGGACAAUGUCCUUUCCUUCAUCGUUUUUGUCAUCAUGAUUCUGGUCUUUGUCGUUGCGCAACAGUCCAGUGUUGGCACUACGAUCGCAGGAGCUGGUACUGUGCUCAUCAGCAUGUCUUUCGUCUUUGCGAUCACGGCCCAGGAGAUCUUGGGAUCUUGCAUCUUCCUCUUCGUCAAACGUGAGUUCAUAUUCCGGCAAUGCAAAGAGAAUGCCAUGCUGACUUCAACAGACCCCUAUGACGUUGGUGAUAGAGUGGAUAUUGACGACAAGAAAUACGUCGUCGAGCACAUCUCGCUGUUGUUCACCGUGUUCAAGAGAGUCGACAAUAUCAAGACGACCCAGAUCCCCAACAACGUGCUGAACACCAAGAUCGUCGAGAACAUCACACGGUCCAAGUUCAUUCAGGAGCAGCUGAUGAUUCCCGUGCACUUCGAUACCUCGGUAGAAGACAUCGAGACGCUCAAGAUGGAGUUGAUGCUCUUUGUCCGCGAAAACAGCCGUGACUUCCAGCCCGAGAUUGAAGUCGAAGUCGCCGGAAUCAACGACCUGGAUAAGCUCACGCUACGGAUCGAACUGCGCUUCCGCGAGACCAUCACUGAAGCCCUCGCUCUCCAGCGACGGAACAAGUUCAUCCUUGCAUUGGUGGCGAUCCUCAAGAAGAUCCCCAUCUAUGCUCCUGGUGGAGGUGACCCUGCCCUCGGUGAAGUCGGCAAGCCGAUGUACACCGUCGCGAUCCCGGAUGAGCUCGCGCAAUCAAAUAUGCAAAAGGCGGUCGACGACAAGCUCGCCAAGCGCUGGGACCACCAGUCCUCGCGCUCACCCGCCCCGAGCGUCCACGAGAACACCAACACGGGCGGUUUGAACUUUGACUUCGCAACCGACCACCACAGCCGCUCCCAGUUCCCCGAUACUCACAGCAGGCCGCCUUCCAGCGGGGAUGACGCGCGGACUCUUGCUCGCACCAAUAGCGAGAGCAGCCGUCGUCAUGAGGACCUCGAGGAGGUGAGGGGGCUCCUGAAUAGAGAGCCUACCAGGGGACGUAGGAGACCUGCGCAGUAUGCCCCGCCGGCGCAGUCGGGAUAUCAGUACCCGCAUCAUAUCUAGGCAGGACCGGAUGGCAAAAUGACAUUUGGGAGGCGUAUUUGUCUGUACAGAUCAUUACCGUAGACUACAACAUUGGUUCCAACCAAUUCAAAUCAAGCUAUAUCGUGACUUCUACCGUCUAUAGUCAAUCC